AUGGCGGCCGAGUCCCACAAGCAACUGAAGUGGAUUGUCUUUGUCGCAUGCGUCGCAGUAGUAACUAUUCUUUGGUUUCUGUACGUCAAACCAGGCCCUGUGAAACACAUCGACCCGGUGACAGCUGCUGCUUGGAGCCACGGAGUUGAUGGAGCGGCUGGUAUAACGUCCAAUACAACUUACACAUGGAACACAACGACCAAUAAAGCAACAUCGAAUACAGCGACCAAUACGACAUCGAAUGCAACGACCGAUACAACACCCGGCUCAUAUCCUAACUACGGAUAUUUACUGUCGGUGAAUAUCGAGCAGCAAAGUUCAGGAGCUCUGUCCGGCUAUGGUGACCUAGCCUCUAUGGCAGGUUACCUCAACUUGUCAGCUGUUGAGCCAUAUGUUGUUGGAAACAAUUUUAGAGGGGUGCCGACAAUAAAGGAAAAAGGAAAAGCCAGGACGCUCAGCACAUUCUUUGACUUUAAGAAAUUGCAGAAUACUGUAGGGUCGUGCUUCAACAAAAAGAAGAGUGUCCUUGAGAUGUCCAGUUUUGAACAAUUUCUCACGAAAACAUCUUCUACCGUCAUCUAUGCUUACAUUCUCCAUGAUCUUGGAAGGUACAAGUCAAAAUUUUCUGGCGGUAAAAGCAAGAUCGUUGAAAUUGACAGAAAUGAUAAGUCUGCGAAUGAUGGCUUGACCAGGCUGAACAAUUGGGCAGCCUACGUUUCAAAAGAACACAACAUGUGUUCAUUUACAUUUAGGAUUAGCCAAGUCUUUGUCAUAGAUGCACGACCAAAAGUUGCCCUGCAACUAACGACGAUACAAGACAUAUUGGGUUCUGCCAUUCGUAAGCAAUUUUCAAUGGAUGGCUCAGUUACAGUUCUGUUUGACCAUUGGCGUGGUAUCGACACUAAGCCCGACACUGGCUACUUCUACUACGUUCCCCACUUUCAUAAGCCAUGUGUUCGCCUGAACAACAUUGGUCAUAGCCAGACUGUCAUCAAGGCCUCACAGGCUUUUAGUCGACACCUGAAAGACUCUGAAACUGCCCCUAGAAUCUGUGUUCAUAUUCGUGGGGAGAGAGUGCUUUUAACGUGGGGGGGCAAAUUUUUAACGUGCAUUAAAGAAAUUGGGGAUACAGUAACAAUGCUUGUGAAAAACUCUACAACCACUCCACAAGUGCGUGUUAUCCAUGACUUCAGCAAGUAUGGUACACGGAGCUGCUGGGGUGAUUGUGGUAAAUAUCGGUCGAAAUUUCUUUCAGAACUGAAGAAACUCAAUUUAACAAGUGUUUACUAUGACCCUGUGGACUAUCCCUCUUUUCCUCGCAGCACAACGUUUGCAGCAUUCGUGGAACGUGAAUACCUCUCUACUUGUGAUGAGUUGGUGACUGCUGGACAUGGGGGGUUUCAAAUGAUAUUGGUUAAGCAAUUUAUGCAGCAUUCUAUUAAACACAAGGGGCACCUCCACAGGAUGUGUAUCUUACAUUAA